ACACAUUAGCUGCCUCUCUGUACUGCUGUCACAUCACAGGCUCACACUUCUACUAAGCCAGGCUUUGUGUUGGGAUGUGAGCAGUUCCCAGAUCUUUCUGCUGAUUGGAGAAGCUCCUGGACAAACCCUCUCUACCUUAAUCGGCUUUCUUCUCCUGUACACGACCCACUUGCAGAUUAAUCACCUUGGGAUCAUUCAGUUCUUUCCAAAGAAGACAAGCAAGGCAUUUCUCCCUAGCAUUACACAGAAGGAGACCCCCAGCAGCUGUCACCUGAGCUGUCAAGUCUCCAGCUUGUCACCUGUCAACAUGUGGAAGAAGAAGGCAUGGACAACCUCCAGCAGUACCAAGAGUCCUCAUCAAGAGGUCAACUUUUAAAGUUUAAUCCUUUUGACCUUCUAGUCAGGGCAUUAUUUUACUUUGGAAGAAGUUAACCCCUUGGUUACAGCAAAACAAGCAUGGGAAAUCAGUCUGAAAAGCAAAAUGUGGACGAUCUUUGUUUAAUUAAGAAAAGGGAACUUCUGAUCUGAUCAAGCAGACCAUCCUUAGAAAAGAAGAAGAAAUAGAUGAAUUCCCCAUGGGACAGGCUACUCUUUCUGGAAGACAAAGGAAAGAGAAGGAGACUGGAGAAGAAAGAAGUCCUAUUGGGUGUAUGCUCUUUUGCUUUGAUGGGACAGUGGGCUCUUAGCGCAGCAAGGAAGCCAUGCACAGGAAUAUCUCUAAUCAAACUUCUGAGACUUCAGGAGAUGCCCACUAUAACUACCUGGCCUUGGUCUUUGGGCUUAUACUGAUUGUAUUUAUCAUCUGUGGCAAUGUCCUGGUGUGUCUUAGUGUCUGUACAGAGAAAGCCCUCAAAACCACCACCAAUUAUUUCAUAGUUAGCCUGGCUGUAGCUGAUCUUCUUCUGGCUGUCCUUGUUCUUCCAUUAUACGUGUAUACAGAGUUUCUAGGAGGGGCGUGGACUCUGGGCUUUGUUCUUUGUGAUAUCCUCAUGACCAUGGAUGUCAUGCUCUGUACAGCUUCCAUCUUCAAUCUCUGUGCGAUCAGUGUAGACAGGUUCAUAGCUGUCUCCAUUCCACUGAACUAUAACAGACGACAAGUGGAUAACCGCCAACUUUUCCUGAUCUCCACCACAUGGAUUUUUGCCUUUGCUGUGGCCUCCCCUGUAAUUUUUGGGCUUAACAAUGUAAAAGACAGGGAUCCUACUGAGUGUAAACUGGAAGACAAUAAUUAUGUGGUGUAUUCUUCUAUCUGCUCCUUUUUUAUUCCAUGCCCAAUGAUGGUAGUUCUGUACUGUGCAAUGUUUCAUGGACUUCGCAAGUGGGAAGAGACCAGAAAGGCUAAAUUACGGUGUCAUAUGUCUCCAAGGCUUAAGCCACCAAGCCAAACACUCAUAUUCGAUAAGAUUGAUCGGAUUGAACGUAGUCCUACAGACAGCAAGCUGGAUGAAAUUCUGUAUGACCAGCCGGAUUGCUCUUUUUCCAAAGCAUAUGUGGACAAUGGCCAUGGGAUACAAACUAUAGCUUACCCUCAUCUCAAAUAUUCAUCAAGUAUGGAACCAGAACGGAAACAUACCAAGAUCAAUGGGCGAGAGAGAAAAGCAAUGAAAGUGCUUCCCGUUGUUGUUGGUGCUUUUCUUUUCUGCUGGACACCGUUUUUCGUGGUGCACAUUACACGCGCACUGUGCGAGACUUGUUACAUACCAGAGCCUCUCUUCAGCACCGUCACAUGGUUAGGAUACGUAAACAGCGCCUUGAAUCCUGUUAUCUACACAAUCUUCAACACCGAGUUUAGAAACUAUUUCCGUAAAGUGCUUCGAAUGUGCUGCUGACCACUUUGAAUGAUGGACAACAGUGUGGGCAGUAUGUCCUAAAUCUUGUACAAGCCUGAAAACACAACUCUUCUGAGCGUUGGCCUCACCCAAAUUGUAUAACUGGCCUGUCAAGUCAACAAGUUAAGCAACUAUACAUGGAAAUUAUAUAUUGUGCGACCACAAUGCAUGAGUGGUCCUGAGGCAGAUCUGGUAUAGUUUUCGGUUUAUUUCUGUGGAACUGCUAUCAGUCUACAAAUUAUGAAUGUUUACUAUAAAUGCUGGAAUGUAAAACAUAUAUACAGUAGAACUGGUCAACUUCAGGC